AUGGAAUACGCUGGGCUCAAUGAUUUACAGCAUUACGUCGAUAGGAACCUCAUCCGUGGCCAGCACAACCCUCACAAUUGUGUUUGCGGCUGGUACUGCUUUACGAUCGUUUUCUGCCGGACGCCGCCACCAACUCACAUCAUCGCCACGGUGAAGGCCAGGCCAGAGCACGCCUGUCCGGACAAAGACUGCAUAUCCAGCGUCCUGGCUACAAUGCCCGACCCAUUAGCCGCCAUCAAUUUCGACUUCUCAGCUGUCCCCGCCCCCAACUCUCCAAACCCUCCGAACCCCCCGAACCCAUUCAAUGGCGGCGGUGCCUCCCGACAAAGUAGCGUUGCUCGAUCAUCGCCCGGCCCCGGCAGGCAGUCCUCCUCCACUGCGGGACACUCUCUCGCUGGACGAUCAGUGUCCCGGCCAAGCGUCAGGAUCCCGACACACCCUCAGCCCCAGUCCCAGCCCUCGCCACGAAAUCAAACCCAGCCCCAGCCCCAGCCGCAAAGAUCUCAGCCCCAAAGACCUCAACCCCAAAGACUCCAAUCAUCAAGCUCCCAAUCCCCGAGCUCUCAGACCCCGACCCAAACCCAAACCCAGAGGCCCCAGAGAUCCCAACCCCAAGCCCAAGCCCAGCAGGCCAUGCCGGUGUUCCACCAUUACCAACCGGGCCGCCAGUAG